AUGGAUCAUAAUCAUCAUCACAACCAUCAAUGGCGCAUGAGAUUUUCCUUCAAGAACGCCACAAUUGCUCUCACUAUCGUCAACGUCGUCAUCUUCCUCUUCCUCCUUCAGGGCUUUUUCACUUCCUCUUCUUCUUCUUCUUCAUCUUCCUCUCGCCGUAUCGAUUCAGCUCAGCUUCGGUAUAUAAAGGAAGCUGAAGAGAUUAGGCUGGCGAUGCAACCUUUGGAGCUCAUCAAAAGAGUCAGAGUAAUCGAACAAGAGACAUCUGCAGGGAUAGAAACCAAUCAGCAGAAAGAUGUGAAACAGAACACAGCUGUUGAUCUCUCUAAACGGCUCAAGGACUUCCGGGCAUCGAACGAUGCAUCCAGCUUGAAAGCAUUGGAAGAAUGGCGAAAGCGGAAAAUGGAACGAGCAAGACAACGGGAUCUUGACAAAACCGGAGGAACAAGUCAUUAA